AUGUUUGAAGAAACUGAACAAAAGAGAGUAAUAAGCUUAGAAGAUUCUCCGAGCUCACGAAGACAUCGUAAAACUGAAAAAGACGAAGAUGAAGAACUUUUGAAGGAUGAAGCUGACGAAUCAAACGAAAUCACUACUUUCACCGAGUCUCCAAGCUACAUAAAGAAUGGUGUAAUGCGUGAUUAUCAAAUCCAAGGCCUUAACUGGUUGAUUUCACUUUAUGAAAAUCAAUUAAAUGGUAUCUUGGCUGAUGAAAUGGGUCUUGGAAAAACUUUACAAACAAUAUCAUUUUUAGGUUAUUUGAGAGAUUUUCGUAAUAUAUCUGGUCCACAUUUAAUUGUUGCCCCAAAAUCUACGUUAAACAAUUGGCAAAAAGAAUUCAAUAAUUGGAUACCUGAUUAUAAUACAAAGAUAAAAGAAGAGAAAUUAGUUAAAUUAGAUUUCCAAGUAUGCAUAACAUCCUAUGAAAUGUGCUUGAUCGAAAAAGCAGCCCUUAAAAAAUUUGAGUUCCAGUACAUAGUAAUUGAUGAAGCUCAUCGAAUAAAAAAUGAAAAUUCAAUGCUAUCGCAAAUAGUUAGAAUAUUCCAAUCCAAAAAUCGCCUAUUGAUAACAGGAACUCCUUUACAAAAUAAUCUUCACGAGUUGUGGGCUCUCUUAAAUUUUCUUUUGCCUGAUUUAUUCAGUUCCUCAGAUGAUUUUGAUUCUUGGUUUGAAUCUCAAGAUGGAGAUCAAGAUAAAGUUGUUCAACAACUACACAAGGUUUUACGACCUUUCUUACUUCGUAGAAUAAAAUCUGAUGUUGAAAAAUCCUUACUUCCAAAAAAAGAAGUAAAUAUAUACGUGGGUAUGUCAACAAUGCAGAGAAAAUGGUAUCAACGUAUUUUGGAAAAAGACAUUGCCGCUGUUAAUGGCGCAUUGGGUAAAGGUGAAAGUAAAACACGUUUAUUGAACAUCGUGAUGCAACUUAGAAAAUGUUGUAAUCACCCGUAUUUAUUUGAUGGAGCUGAACCUGGGCCUCCAUACACAAAUGAUGUACAUAUUAUUGAGAAUUCAGGAAAAAUGAUUGUAUUGGAUAAACUUCUCAAACGAUUAAAGGCUCAAGGAUCUCGUGUCUUAUUAUUUAGUCAAAUGAGUCGUGUUCUUGAUAUACUGGAAGAUUAUUGUAUAUUUAAAAAUUAUGAAUAUUGUCGUAUUGAUGGUCAAACUAAACAGGAGGAUCGAAUAAAUGCAAUUGAUGAAUAUAAUGCUCCUGACAGCGAGAAAUUUGUUUUUCUUUUAACAACACGGGCCGGUGGUCUCGGAAUCAAUCUUACAUCUGCAGACAUUGUAAUAAUAUUUGAUAGUGACUGGAAUCCACAGGUUGAUUUACAAGCACAAGAUCGUGCUCAUCGUAUUGGCCAAACAAAACAAGUUUAUGUGUUUCGUUUUGUAACUGAAAAUUCAAUCGAAGAAAAAGUUCUUGAAAGAGCAGCACAAAAACUAAGACUAGAUCAACUUGUUAUUCAACAAGGACGAGCCAAUCAUGCACAAAAAAAUGCCACCAAGGAAGAACUUUUAUCAAUGAUCCAACAUGGCGCAGAGAAAAUUUUUAGUUCGGCUGAUAGCACCGUCAGUGAUAAUGAUAUUGAUUAUAUUUUACGUAAAGGUGAAGAAAAAACCGCCGAACUCAAUCAGAAAUUCCAAAGUCUUGGAUUGGAUGAUUUGCAAAAGUUUACAUCUGACUCUAGUUCAUCUUAUGAAUGGCAAGGAGAGAAUUGGGUGAAUAAGCGCAAAGGAGAAAAUUCACGAGGUUUCAAUUGGAUAGAACCACCAAAACGUGAACGUAAAGCUAAUUAUGCAAUAGAUUCGUAUUAUAGAGAAGCUUUAAGGGUAACUUCAAAGCCUGCUCAACCAAAAGUCCCAAAAAUACCAAAACAAAUCACUUUUGCAGAGUUUCAAUUUUAUCCUCCACGUUUAGUUGAAUUAUUGAAAAAAGAGAAUUAUCAUCAACAUAAAUUAAUGAAUUUCAAGGUCCCAUUAGCAGAACCUUUACCUCAAAAUGAUAACCCAGAAUUAAGAGAAAGUGAACGUCAAGAAGAACAGGAUAAAAUUGAUAAUGCUGAACCUUUGACGGGAGAAGAAGAAGCUGAAAAAAAUUUACUAAUGAAAAAAGCAUUUGAAGAUUGGAGUAAACGUGAUUUCAAUAACUUUAUAACUGCUUCAGCUAAAUAUGGAAGAACUGCUAUUGAAGAAAUAGCCGAAGAGAUAGAAAAAUCAUUAGAUGAUGUUAAGAAAUACGCCAAAGUGUUUUGGGAACGAUAUAAAGAAUUACCUAAUUAUGAAGAAUUGAUUGCAAAGAUUGAAAGAAGUGAACAGAAAAUGCAACAAACUCAAGAAAUACAAGAACUGAUUAAAUCAAAGGUGGCUCAAUACAAAAAUUCCAGUUAUGAUAUACAAUUAUCAAGUCAAAACAAAGGCAAAUCAUUAUUUACCGACGAGGAAGAUCGAUAUUUGUUAAUGGCACUUGCAAAAUACGGAUAUGGAACUGAGGGUGUUUAUGAGAAAAUACGAAAUGAAAUUGAGAAGGGAGCAAAACGACGACGAUGA